AUGCCGCUGCCGCGGGGCAAGGCGAGGCCGGCGCCGCCCAGGAAGGGCAGCAGGUCGAAGCUCGAGCGGGAGGUGGAGCGGCUGGAGGAGGUGCUGCGGGAGGAGACGGCGCUGCACGCCAUCCUCGACCACGCGCUCCACCACGCCGCCGUCACGCUCGCCGACAUGUCAUACCUCCCCGCCCACGCCCAGGAGCUGCUCGCCAGCAUCUCCGCGAUGGAGGCCGGCGUCGCCAAGCUGGAGGAGGAGAUGGUCGCGCUGCACUUCCAGCUCAUCCAGGAGCGCAACGAGCGCCGCCUCGUCGAGUACCGCGCCAAGCAGCAGCGCCCCACCCUCUCCUGCUCCCACCGCUCCGCCAAAUCCGAGACCGACGCUCCCCCUUACUGUAAAAAAUCCAUGGCGCUCUGUACGUACCAGGACGCGUCAAGCGAUGCCAAGCCAAGCAGACUGGACAAGGUCCACCCCUGCGCCGCCGCCCCACCACUGCACCGCCAGCUCUCGUCCAAACCCCUCGGCGGCGGCGGGGGCGCGGACCCGAGCCGCCUGUCGGAGGACAUAGUGCGCUGCAUGCGCAACAUCUUCAUCUCGCUCUCGGACUCCCGCAGGGAGGCCACCAGGCCCAGGCCCAACAGCAACCCCUCCUCCCUCGAGAACCAGCGGUCGCCCAGCGGGAUCUCCGCCUUCUGGUCCCUCGCCGAGCCCUCCGCCAUCUCCUCCUGGGUGCAGAGCCCCCAGGUCGACCUCAACCAGAACAACAGCCUGCUGGCAUCAGAGACGGUGUUCGACCCGUACAAGGCCAGGGAGAAGCUCAGCUGGGCGGAUAUCGGGAGCUACGGCGCUGCCUCUGAGGUCUCCUGGAUGUCCGCCGGGAAGAAGCAGCUCGACUACGCUGCAGAAUCACUUCGGAAAUUCAGGUUGCUAAUUGAGCAGUUGGCAGAAGUGAACCCUGUCCAUCUCAAUGACGAUGCGAGAUUGGCGUUUUGGAUCAACUUGUACAAUGCAUUGUUGAUGCAUGCCUAUCUUGCCUACGGUGUUCCGCGAAGUGAUAUGAAACUGUUUUCACUAAUGCAAAAGGCCGCGUACACAAUUGGAGGGAAUUCAUUCAGUGCAGCAUUCAUCGAGUAUGUUAUUUUGAAGAUGAAACCACCGAAUCACAGACCACAGAUGGCUCUGCUUCUUGCUCUUCAGAAGAUAAAGGCACCCGAGGAGCACAAGAAGUUCUGCAUUUCGGCACCUGAACCACUUCUGACCUUUGCUCUGAGCUGUGGAAUGUAUUCAUCUCCUGCGGUGAAGAUAUACACAGCCAGCAACGUAAGGGAAGAGCUCCAGGAUGCACAGCGCGAUUUUAUUAGAGCAUCAGUAGGAGUGAGCCGAAAGGGGAAGCUCCUGAUCCCUAAAAUGUUGCACUGUUUUGCGCGAGGAUUUGUGGAUGACAACAGCUUCCCCAUUUGGAUAUCGCAUUUUCUGCCUCAGCAGCAGGCUACUUUUGUUGAGCACUGCGUGUCUCGGAGGCGGCAAAGCCUCCUGGGCACCCGGACUUUCGGCAUCAUUCCGUUUGAUUCUCGGUUUCGAUACCUCUUCCUGCCUGAUAUGGGAUCAUUAAACUGA